UUGAAGAAGGUAUAAAUAUGGCAGCUUUGACAAAACUUCUUCAGAUUACUCCAAAAGCAUUGGAAGACCACAUCAAACCAACGCCAGCACAUCGAACCAGAAGACCAAGAAACAGAAGACGAAGAAGAAAUUUUCGUUCAACCAGUUCACAAGGAGAAGGCAACAAUCAUUAUCUCAAAGAAAUAAAUUUAAAGACUGCCAGAUAGAGAAGAGUACCGCGAACAUCACUGUCAUCAUGAAAACCGGAUUGGUACUAGUGUUUGUAGCCCUACUGGCCCCGGGACUUCUCGGGCUGCCACUACAGAGCGAUAGUCUGCUGAAGAGAAUGGCUCGAGAUGCCAAAGAAGGAAAAGAAGAACCAACGGAGCCACCACCACCAAAGAAACCCCAUGACAGCGUCGUCCAACACCAGGAGCCCCUAGACGAGGAUCCGACUCCUGGAGCCUUCCAAGGAGACAUGAUGUUAACAGAUGAUCAGCUGAGACAAAUCGAGAUGGCCAUCGAUGAUCAGAAGGCUGGUCGUAAGAAGAGAAAAGCUGUCAUCAAUGAGAAUGCUCGUUGGACCUCCAACAUCGUUCCUUAUGAAAUCUCACCAUCUUCAAGUGGUGAUGCUACGGUGAUUCGUGCAGCCAUGGACCACUGGGAGCAGCAUACCUGCCUGAGAUUCGAACCACGAACUUCAUCACAUGCUAGUCAGCUAGGUCAUAACACCUAUCUUUCUUUCAUCAAGGGUGGUGGUUGCUGGUCCUAUGUAGGAAGGGUCUUCAAUGGUGAACAACAGAUCUCCAUCGGUUCAGGAUGUGAAUACCUUGGCAUUGUUGCUCAUGAGAUCGGACAUGCCAUCGGGUUCCAUCACGAGCAAUCUCGACCAGACAGAGACGAAUACGUCAAUGUCCACUUUGAAAACAUCCAAUCCGGCCGUGAAGGCAACUUCGAAAAGUAUGACUGGAACGAAGUCACGACACGCAACGUCGAGUACGAUGUCGGCUCCGUCAUGCACUACGGAUCACAUGGAUUCUCAGUAAACGGUCAACCAACUAUCACCACCAUUGAUCCUCUUCAAAUGCAUCUCCUUGGUAACCGAGAGGGUCUUAGUACUGCCGACAUCACACUAGCCAACCUCAUCUACGAGUGCGACAAUGAGUGUUCGACCACAGAGCAAUGUCAGAACGGUGGAUACCAUGAUGGAGAUUGUAACUGCGUUUGUCCUCCAGGUUACAACGGUGACUUGUGUCAAGAUGGUAGUGGACCUACCACCACACCACCAUGUAUCCAAAGGUUGACUGAUACACAGGGACAGAUUACGUCACCAAACUACCCCAGUAACUAUGACAACGAUCAAGAAUGCAUGUACCUCAUUGAGGGAGCUCCAGGAAGCUCGAUCGAGCUGACAUUCGUAGACAUGGACAUCGAAAACGAGAAUCUCUGUAGGUACGAUGCCGUCGAAGUACGCACAGACGACAUCAACAGUAUCGGAGAGAAGUUCUGUGGUAACACAAUACCCUCUGUCCAGAUCUCUAGUAGCAACCAGAUGUUGGUUUCUUUCACAUCUGAUUACAGCGUCACUGGGCGUGGUUUCAGAGCUACUUACGUCAUCCAGGGUGGUUCUACCACUGAGAUACCAACUACCACUCCUCCAACUACCACUCCACCAACUACCAAUCCUCCAACUACCAAUCCUCCAGUCAUCGGGACAUGUGGAGGAAACUUUGUUGAGAACCAGGGUUCAUUAGCAUCACCAAACUAUCCAAACAAUUACGAUGAUAACCUACAAUGUGUUUACGUGAUCGAAGUGGAGGCUGAUCGUCGAGUUGAGUUGACAUUCAUAGACUUCUCACUGGAGAAUCAGAGUACGUGUUGUUGGGACGCACUGGACAUCGAUCUCGGAGAUGGUGUCAAAGUUCCUAUGAAGAUGUGUGGAAGUGAGUAUCCAGCCGCUUCUGUGGUGUCAGUUGGUAACAGGAUGGAACUAACGCUGAAAACUGAUGGGUCUGUUAAUGAUGGAGGCUUCAGAGCAGACUACCGUGCUAUCGAUCUGUAAAACCGUCGGUGCUGUUAGCCAAAAAUAUCAUCUUGGUAAAAACAUAUAUGAAACAUCUCUUGUCAAACAUCUAUCAUGACUGUAAGGUCAAAUUGUAAAUACGAAGAAAUGGCAAAACUUUUAUUCUUUUAUACCGGUUAUGGAGAAAAUUGAAGACGAAGUGCCAAAGUUCGAUAUCUAUUUUUAGAUUCUUGUAUUUGUAAUUCUAGUGUGUGCUGCCGAUCUUUAAGAUGUUGAGAUAAAUCUUCUAAAUACUUAGCAAUAACUUUUGACAACAAUGCCAAAAUGUUGUAUUCCUUUGAACCAAAGAAAACCGUCUGGUACGGCAGAAUUAGAUCUAUGUAGAACAAAAUGUAUGGAUACUCUUUGCUUUAUGUUGAUUAGGCCUAUGCCUUGAAAUCAAAGGAAUAAUGUGAUAUAUUUAUUACAACUUAUCACUCAUCUUUUCAAUCAGUGCCUUGAUCUGAGCGCCAGUUAAAUAAAAGGUGUUUUAUUAUGUAAGAUGUUACGAUGAUGAGAUUAUAAGAAAUAUUUUAAUCGUUCGAUUCUUCUAAAUGUUUUGAUACAUAUCUUCAUGUUCAUACGAUUAUUCCGUCUGAGACGGCUGGUUAAAAAACUAUUUUUAUUGUCUGUGAGGAAUUUUAUUUUACCACUGCAACCUCUCACACGUGAACAAGUUAAAUCCUUGGAACUCAUGUUAUUCGUGAUCGAGUAGAUUGAUGAUAUGUAAAUAAUUAUGUGAUUUUCCGUCAGGUACGGCUGGGUUUUAUAAAAGACAAAUAAAACAUUUAUAUGAUUACACAAAUGAA